AUGGUAAAUCAAAAUAUUUUAUUAACAACAGUAUUCUUAGUAAUAGUCAAUAACUGCCGCGUUUAUAGUCGGGCAUUGACAUAUGCAGAACAACAAAUUCAACUUUGUAUAAAUCAAGAUGGUACACGACAACCACUGAUUAUUGAUACAGAUUCAGAUGUUGAUGAUUUAUGGGCAAUUCAUUAUGUUCUUAAUGUACCAACAAUUGAUGUUCUUGCCAUAACGACUGCUAUCGAUGGAUACACGAAACCGUUAUAUUCAGGAUCGAAUGUUCUUACUUUUCUUGAUCUAAUUGGUUGCUCAAAUGGUGUUGGCGUUGGCUUUGGAGCGACUCUUCCGUUAAUAUCGGCUGGUUUUCAAAUUUCACCAGCAUUAUUGGAUGCACUGGAUACGUAUAUAACGUCACCGACUUGUCUGAAUCAGUCAGUAAAUAUCUUUCUUCAACCAUCUGCAUUUAGUGCUAUUGAAUUAAUUAAACUAACAUUGAAAUAUUCUAAAGUACCCGUUGAUAUAUUGGUUCUUGGAACAAUGACUAAUCUUGCCACAGCUAUCUCUGAAGAUCGAUCGAUUGUAUCAAAAAUAGGAACACUUUAUUUUUCUGGUGGUCAAUUCAAACCAUUAAGUAACUUUUCUUCUUUAAUGCCAAAUUUGACAAUAUUUAAUUAUCUGUAUGAUACUGAGACGUUACCCGCUAGUCCAAACGCUUACUUGGAUAUAUUCGCUAUGCAACGUGUUGCUACGAGUGGAAUCAAAAAGAUUGUUGCUAUGCCAGGAAGUACACAACAUACACUGCCAGUCAAUCUGACCCAAUUGUUCGAAACCCUAAAAAGAAUGAAUAUUACAUUAAAACCAUUCAUACUGAAUUUUAUAUCAUCACUUGCAAAAUGUCAAAAUGCAACUGAGUCUGAUAUGAAGUGGUGGGAUAACAGUGCCGCUCAAUUUAUGGUACAAAUGCAAACAAACAAUAGUCAAGGAUUUUGUCGACAAACAAAAAAUGUUCAAUCUCUUUAUAUUAUGUCGGCCGAUGCUCAUCAAUUCUAUGGUCAAGGCGUCAUUGAUACGGAUAUGCUUUUACCAAACGCUAGUGGAUUAGUAAAUUAUACAAUAUGUACACAAACUGAUUCAAGCAUAUUUUUAGCUGAGUUCUUAACUAAAAUCAACUCAGAAAAACUUUAUUCAUGUCAACAUCAAUAUAGUCAACGAUUUGAUAUUCGUUUACAACAAUGUAUGUUAAAAUACGACAGUGCUGUGCAACCAACAAAUAUGGCAAAGACAAAUCAUUUUCUAACACCUUUCUUUCUUUCGGUUUAUUUAUUUUUAUAUGUUACCUAUUUUCUAGCUUGA